AUGGGGAACUCGUGGAACCGUCAACCCGGCUCUCAACUGGUCCAAAUGUCAGUGUCAAACAGAGAAGUGAAGCUGCGACAACAAAGGGCAGAACAAGAAGCAGCAAGGGUUGCCACGGAAUUACAAAAGCGGCAGGAUCGGCUGGAUUCGGAAAGACUCGAACGGGAAAGUAAAGAAACCCAGCAGAAGCUCGAGUUGGAAAGUGGAGAGAGACAAUUGCAGCUCAAAUUGCAAAGCGAAGCAGAAGAAAAGGAAAAAGAUAGGAAGCUUGAAAGGCUUAAAAUUGAAAAUGAAAUUGAAUGUGAAGAAAAGGAAAAGAAAAGGAAGCAUGAAGAAAAAGAAAAGGAAAAAGAUAGGGAGCUUGAAAGAUGCAAAAUCAAAAGUGAAGAAGGGAGGAGUAUGCAGGUAAAAAUUAUAGAGCUUGAAAGGCUCAAAAUUGAAAGUGAAGAAAAGGAAAAGCAAAGGAAGCAUGAACGGCUGAAAUUGGUAAGUGAAGCAGAAGAAAGGGAAAAAGAUAGGAAAAGUCAAGAGAGAAUUGCCAUUGAGAAAUGUAGAUCCAAAAAAGAAGUUGCUAAGGAAGAAGCUGCAAAAGCUAAAGAAGAAGCUAAGUCGAAGGAAGAGCUGAAUAAAAUGCUGGACAAAUUAAAUACCGUAAAAAAUCCACGGGCAGCAUUGAUGGUGAUUGGUGGAAGAAUCCGGUGUGAUGAUGGCUAUAAUCCUGCAGAAGCCUCUCAUCGUGGGAUGAAUAUUCCACAAGAAGACAACAGUCUGAGUUCUCAGUCUUCUCUGAGUUCUCAGAAUUCUGAUGGCAUUGUAAGUACUAAUGCUAGAGAAAAUGCACCUGACGAUCCAUUCUUAUACAAUGAAGCACAAAAUGAAAGGUGGACUAGGGUACAUGAGAGGAAAGUAAAAACUGCUAUAUAUUAAGAACCUAGUGCUAUUUGCCUACCGGCCAAAAAACUUUAUAUAUACUUUUGUGACUUUGUUGUACCCUCAAUUUGUUUACUGUUUUUUGUAGUGCAUAUGUACCUAUACCUUUGAUGUUGUAGUUGUAACAAGUGAAGUAUAUAGUUGUAUAAUGUUUAUUUU